AAUUAUUGAUAUUUAUUAAUUUAUACAAAAAUUAACUAAAAACUCCCGCAUUUUUGUAGCCGGAAACUUGGCGCGGUAAAUUUUAUAAUUAAAAUAAAAUGGCUGGCCAUCAACCCGGGAGUGUUCAAGAGGACGAUAAUCUCAGAUCUUUGGAAGAAAGUCUACUUAGCUUGGAAAAACUGGAUCGUACGUCGCCUGAAUUAUGGCCCGAAAGAAUGCCGGGCGUCUCAGAAUUUGUCAGCUGUUACACACCUCCUAAUAGUUCACCACCAUCAUGGACAAAAGGGUUAACUAAUGAAGAUAUAAAUAUAUUACAUCAAUUGGGUGCAUUAUCAAUGAACGGGUUAAUAGCAGAAGUUAAAAAAUUGCAUGAUUUGGCCUAUCAGCUAGGGCAAGAAGAAGCCAAAGAAAUGACUAGAGGGAAAUACCUUAAUAUUUUUACAAAUCGAAAAAAUAAACGAUAGCUUUAAAAUAUUUCAUUCUAAUAUUAGUUUAGGGUGUUACUUAAUGUUUCCACAAAUAUUUUUUGUAUAUAAAAUUUUUAAAUUAUAAUUAAAUCAUACAUAAGA